GAGAGAGGGGAAGGAACACUUUGAAAUUGAAGAUUUGAACCUCGAUUUUUUUUUCAAGAGAAUGUGCAACGGUUAUGGUGAAAGUGGGGGAUGAAAGUGUUUUUUUUUUUUAUUCAGAAAAGGAGCAACAUUCUGAAGUUUAAAGAACUAGGGCCAAGAGAUCAGGGAGCAGUAUGGAUCCGCUCCCUCCACAGAACCACUUCACAUACAUUGUGUCCAGACCCAUCUACUCAAACCCAACAUUUGAGGAGGACAACCAGAGGCAGGCCAGAGAGGAGAGGACCCUGAGGGAGAGACUUGGCCUUACCUGUGGCUGCUCAGGUAAACGGGCCUUAAAAGUGGUAAAAGGAGUGUUUCCGGUCAUCGACUGGCUUUCCAGAUACCCAAUCAGAGAGUGGCUUCCCAGUGAUGUCAUUUCUGGUGUGAGCACUGGUCUAGUGUGCAGUCUGCAAGGCCUGGCCUAUGCCCUGCUGGUGUCUGUGUCUCCGGUCUAUGGACUCUACUCUGCCUUCUUCCCCAUCCUUACCUACUUCCUGCUGGGAACCUCCAGACACAUCUCUGUGGGUCCCUUCCCUGUCACUUGUCUAAUGGUGGGCUCUGUGGUGUUGACCCUCGCCCCCGACGACCACUUCCUGAUUUCUGUGAAUGGCACGGGUCUGAAUGGGACAGGGGCUGAGGUGAACACUGUAGAUGUAGAGGCCAUGGAAGCCCAGAGGAUCAUGGUAGCCUCCUCCAUGACUCUGCUGGUUGGAGUGUUUCAGGUGGUGAUGGGGUUUCUCCAGGUGGGCUUCCUCGUGCGCUACCUGUCGGACCCCCUGGUGGGAGGCUUCACCACCGCCGCUGCCUUCCAUGUCCUCAUCUCCCAGCUGCGGAUUGUCCUCUCAGUCCCCACUGACAACCACAACGGCUGCUUCUCCGUUGUCUACACGCUCAUCGACGUGUUUACCAACAUCAGCCAGACCAAUUUGGCGGACCUGGUAGCGGGGCUGCUAACCAUCGUCAUCGUCGUGGCUGUAAAAGAGCUCAACGCCAAAUUCCAGCACAGGAUUCCUGUCCCCAUCCCCAUCGAGUUGAUUGUGACAGUGGUUGCAGCUGGGAUCUCCUACGCCACGGAGCUGGAGUCACACUAUGGCGCCAGCAUUGUGCAAAGCAUCCCCAGGGGGUUUGCUCCGGCUCAGCCUCCCAACACAGACGUGCUGUGGAAUAUUCUGGGCUCCAGUUUCUCUACAGCGGUAGUGGGCUACGCUGUCGCUGUGUCUGUAGCCAAGGUCUACGCUGCCAAACAUGACUACCCCAUUGAUGGCAAUCAGGAGCUGAUAGCAUUUGGAUUCAGUAACAUGUUCUGUGGCUGCUUUUCCAGCUUUGUGGCUAGCACUGCACUGUCCCGCACCGCCGUUCAGGAGAGCACGGGUGGCAAGAGUCAGGUGGCUGGUAUGGUCUCGGCUAUGGUGGUAAUGAUUGUGAUCCUGGCUCUUGGGCACCUGUUGGAACCCCUGCAGAAGUCUGUGCUGGCAGCCAUUGUCAUUGCCAACUUGAAGGGAAUGUUCAUGCAGGUGACGGAGGUACCCACGCUGUGGAGACAGAACCGGGCAGACUGCUUCAUCUGGCUGGCGACCUGCCUGGCCUCCAUGGUGUUGGGCCUGGACAUGGGACUCCUGUCUGGCCUGGUGUUCGAGAUGGGAACUGUUGUGUUCAGGACACAGUUUCCUGCAUGCUCUACUCUUGGAAACAUACCUGGCACAAACAUAUACAGGAACAUGAAAGACUACCAAAAUAUUGCUGAAGUUCCUGGAGUUAAGAUUUUUAAGUGUAACUCUCCCAUCUACUUUGCCAAUAUUGAUUACUUCAAAGAGAGAUUGAGAGCCACAGUUGGGUUUGACUCAGUCAGAGUAUUCAAGAAGAGGAAUAAGGCUUUAAAGAAGAUCCACAAGCUUAUAAAGAAAGGGAAACUGAAGGCGACCAAGACAGGAGAGGUGUUGUCGGAGGUCUCCCUGGGUGUUGACAACAAAGGCUUCGAGGGUGAACGGAACGGCGAGCGGGAAACCCGGAAAGUGGAUGACGGGAAUUGGCCUGUGUCAGAGGUGGAGGUCCACGUGGACUGGGCCCUGGAGCUGCCUGUCAGGGUGUCCGUACCUAAAGUCCCGAUCCACAGCCUGGUACUGGACUUCUCAGCCGUGUCCUUCGUAGAUGUGGUGGCCGUCAAGUCCCUCCACCUGGUGAUUAAAGAGUUCCUACGCAUUGGAGUCCAUGUCUACAUCGCAGCCUGUGACGCAUAUAAUACUCCAGAUGAAAUCAUACGGAAGAUGGAAGCCUUGGCCUUCUUUGACGUCGAGAUUACACAAGGACUCCUUUUCCUCUCUGUCCAUGACGCCAUCCUCUUCAUCAAGCUGGAAACAGCCAAUGGAGGCAGGCAUGAUGCAAUUGUCGAGAAGCUCUCUCUAAUGCAGGACUGUGAAGAACCACCGCCUUUCACUGAGGAAGAGGACUUGAUUGAGACUUAUGACAACCAACACAGGGCAAUCCAUGGACUCUCUAACUGAAACACAGAAGAGCUGAAGAUAAAAGAAGGAUCAACCAGCAAAUAUGGCUUCCGUAAGGGACCACUGUAAAAUCAGAGGACACUGGAGAUGGAUCGACCCCUGACUACUGAACAGCUUAAACUCAGAGGAAGUCACACCUGGCCGAACAAAGGAAACAGUUUGAAAAGUUAGGGCUUGUUUACAUCACAAGAGAGAGAAUAGACGCUAGAUAGACUUAGCGAUUUAAUUGACAUUAGCAUGUUUGCCGGAUUGUGGCCGUCAAUUGUGGGAGAGUCAAGCAAUAUGUGUGGUACUGUACAGAAUCUUGAUACAGUUCAGAUACAAUUGUCUUCAAACUGCAAAACUCUGGGGGGGGGGCUUCAAUGAAAAUGUGGUGCAAACUACCUUGGAAGGUGGGAUCUUGUGCUAUCAAUAUCUGCAAGUUUACACAAGAAAAUCUAGCGUCUCGAGUCUCCAUCGAUAUGGCUUGGAAAAUGUUACAUAAUAUAAACAAGCACAUAGAGUGGACUAGGUUAAUUUGAGAAGGAGAUCAUGGAAAUCUCUUAAACAAACCUAACAUUCAUUAAUUAUAACACUCAAUAAUAAACUAAUUUUGAGUGAUAUAUUUAUAUCAUUAUAAACUCUCUGCUAGCAUGUACUUUUCCUUACAUGCCUCUCGACAACGGGAAUGUUGUUUGUGCUUGUGUCAAGGGCUUUCAGAAGGACAGAAGCAUAAACACAGAAGGCCAUUCAUCACAGGGUGAGCCACAGUUGAUCUGUGUUAUAAACACUUCAUUUCCUCCCUGCCGAGACAGUAGUUCCCAUGGGGCCAAGGGGCAGAAGGGACAUUGGGAGAAGCUCAGAUGAACGGCAGUGAGGGAACCAAGGACCCUUGGUUAAUAAUGUAACUUCCUGGUUUAAAAAGAGUGGUGGGGUACUGAUCCUGAAACCUUCACAGUCUCAUUGUUGAUCAUUUCACUGCACGGGGAAUAGUGCCACACAGAAACAGUUGGAGAGGGUUUGAAAAGGUUUCGUUUUUUGUUUGUUUUCAUUCAUGAAUGACUCGUGAAUGAGGUCAAUACUAUGUACAGUGAAUGUCUGACCAUACUGUUGUAAAGAACGUCUAUUAUUACCAAGAGCUGAGUUUAGUUGUUUUCCUUUCAAUAAUGUUUAAAUAUAGACUGCAAGCAUUUCUGUUGGCUUUAAACAGAUUAGUGAAAUACGUAUUUCUGUAUUUAUUUAACAAUAAAAUAUUUGUGAAUUAU